AAUCAGUCUUUCCAAUCUAGUUUCCGGUUAUCGCGUGGAACGGACUGAAUCGGGAACUUAUCGCCCCUAACUCGCGCUGUACUUCUGCCGUAUUUCAAAUGAAAACUUUUCGUGCCUUUCGGUUUUAUUAAUAAUACGAAUUUUCACAGUCGCCCGAGUCAUGAACUUGAGAGCUCGACUCAGUUGCCGGAGCUGAAGAGGUGAUCCGAGGCGAAUGGCGAAGCCGGCGAAGAGACGGGAUCGUCGAGACGGACCGGCGGCGGCGCAGAACCGGAAACAACCCGACGCGUCCGCUGAACAGGGCGUGCCGGGCGACUCGGCCUCGGAUCGCAAGCUCCUCCUCAUCUUCGUCGUGUUCUUCGUACUGUCCCCUGCCGUCGCGGUGCUCGUGUACCGUCUCAAAUACGCUCCGGUUGCGGAGGCCCCAGGCUCUUCUGCACGAGGAGGAGCAGGAGGAGGAGGAGGAGGGCUUGUCAAGACUGACGUGACUUACCAGGAAGUUCUCGCUGAGAAUUCUAGGGUCUCCGAGAAUGCCUCCCGGCGGAAUUUCGGUAAUCCAGUGCUUGCUUACAUCACCCCAUGGAACUCAAAGGGCUAUGAGAUAGCAAAGCGGUUCAACUCCAAGUUUACACAUUUGUCUCCUGUGUGGUAUGAACUCAAGAGCCAAGGAAGCAGCUUAACCUUGGAUGGGAGACAUAAUGCUGAUGUGGAAUGGAUCUCAGAUCUCAGAAAGAAAGGGGAUGCUCAGGUUUUACCUAGAGUUGUUCUGGAGGCACUUCCUACAGAGCUGCUCAGGAAGAAGAAGCAGAGGGCUAAGGCUAUUCAGCUGAUAGUAACCGAGUGCAAGGAAAUGGGUUAUGAUGGCAUUGUGCUAGAAUCCUGGUCAAGGUGGGCUGCUUAUGGGAUCUUAGAUGAUCCAGAAUUGCGGAGUAUGGCACUCCAAUUCAUACAAGUACUUGGACGUGCACUUCAUUCUGUCAGCUUGGAGAGGAGCGGGGGAAAAAACUUGCAGUUGGUCUAUGUAAUAGGUCCCCCACGUUCGAAAGAGCUAGAAAUGCAUGACUUCGGGCCAGCAGAUCUUCAAAGCUUGGAUGGUGCUGUAGAUGGCUAUUCUCUUAUGACUUAUGAUUUCUCAGGCCCUAAUAAUCCUGGUCCUAAUGCCCCUUUGAAGUGGAUUCAUUUCGUAAUGCGGCUGCUUCUAGGUACUGGUGGGGAUAAAGGACUUGGCCACAAAAUAUUUGUGGGUCUCAACUUCUAUGGAAAUGAUUUUGACCUUUCCGGAGGUGGUGGAGCAGUUACCGGAGCAGAUUACUUGUCUCUGCUGGAAAAGCACAAGCCUUUACUGCGGUGGGAAAAGAACAGUGAGGAGCACUUCUUCGUGUACACUGAUCAAAACAAUGCCAAACAUGCAGUUUUCUACCCAUCAUUGAUGUCAAUAUUCCUCCGCCUAGAGGAAGCACGUCAUUGGGGAGCUGGCAUCUCAAUUUGGGAAAUAGGGCAAGGACUUGAUUACUUUUACGAUCUUCUUUAGAACCUUGGCUUCACAGUGUUCUGUCCUGAUUCUUGGAAGGUAUAGAAAUCUGCCAAAAUGCCUUUCAAUGGUUUUUUGACUCCGAAGGAAUUGUCUUUUUUCCAGUCGAAUGUCUGGUCUUAUAAUUUGCAGAGGUGUGAUGGCUCACAACCAUGCCAUUGCAAUCUGAAAGGCACAAAUGCUGGGAAGAGAUGUGACAGGAUCAUCAAUCUCAAUGUGCAAGCUCAUAUUGUUACAAUGGCUUAAGAUUGAGUUUCCCUUAUUCCAGCAAUAUUCUUUCCUCAUAAAUUUUUCCCGUGACUGUUCUAGUUGUGCGAUUGCUAAGCGGGUGCUGCUGCUAUGGAUUAUGCGCAGAUGACUGAUUUCUGCUAGUGCUAUCUAUCUAGUGAAAGAGGCCAGUCAUUGUAACCGAAAAACAAAGAAAGCAAGGAGUCAGGUCACAGCAGGUGCUUGCAGCAUCAAUAAUGAAAUUUUGCUCUAGACCGCCACAAA